GAGCAGGGUAUUCAUUCACAUAUCAUAGCCUUGUUAAUCCUAUAAAUUCUCAAAGGAGUCCUAUUUAUUCUCUCACAAACCCCCAAGCUCUAAUUGCUGCUGCACCAACACUCCUAAGAACCACCAAUAUGGCUCGUCUGAGCUUCUUGCUCGCGGGCUCCUUGGCAGUCCUGGCCAGUCUCGCCCAAGCUGGUUCAGCUGUCGUCGACUUGAUCCCAAGUAACUUCGACAAUGUCGUCCUAAAAUCCGGAAAGCCCGCACUCGUCGAGUUCUUCGCUCCCUGGUGUGGCCACUGCAAGAACCUCGCUCCGACGUACGAGGAACUCGCGCAGACCUUCGCCUUCGCCGAGGACAAGGUCACCAUCGCCAAGGUCAAUGCAGACGAGCACAGAGACCUUGGAAAGAGGUUUGGUGUUCAGGGAUUCCCGACAUUGAAGUGGUUUGAUGGUAAGAGUGACACGCCUGAGGAGUACAAGAGCGGGCGCGAUCUCGAGAGCUUGUCCUCUUUCAUUACGGAGAAGACGGGUAUCAGAGCUCGUGGUCCGCAGAAGGAGCCUAGCAGUGUUGAGAUGUUGUCCGAUUCUUCCUUCCAGAGUACCAUUGGUGGAGACAAGGAUGUAUUGGUUGCGUUUACGGCGCCUUGGUGUGGACACUGCAAGAACCUUGCCCCGACCUGGGAAGCCCUCGCAAAGGACUUCGUUCGCGAACCCAAUGUUGUCGUCGCUAAAGUCGACGCAGAGGCCGAGAACUCUAAGGCUACGGCCAAGGCGCAAGGCAUCACCGGAUACCCGACCAUCAAGUUCUUCCCCAAGGGCUCCACGGAGCCGGAGACGUACCAAGGCGCCCGAUCUGAGCAGGCAUUCGUCGACUUCCUUAACACCAAGACCGGAACGAACCGUGUUGUGGGAGGUGGUCUGAAUGAUAAAGCCGGCAUCAUCCCCAGCCUUGAUGAUGUGGUUGCCAAGUAUGUCUCAUCGCACAGUUUCAGUGAGCUUGCUUCCGAAAUCAAGAAAGCGACCGAGGGCCUCAAGGACAAGUACGCCAAGUACUAUGUCAAGGUUGCGGAGAAGAUCAGCAAGAGCGAGGACUACGCUAGCAAGGAGUACAAUCGACUCCAGAAGAUUUUGGGCAAAGAAGACAAGGAGACUGCUGAGCAUAAGGAUGAGCUGUAGAGAAGUACUUCCUGGUCUUCUUGCUUAUCUUAUUUCAUGAUGCGUGUUUGGCAGUUUAAAAAAGAGAGAUGGGGAAGGAAAGAAUGUUACCUUUCUCCCUGAACGUUUAAAUUGGAUAUCUGACAUUGAAUUUGGGGAACGAAAUAGUAGGACCAGAGUAUUUUAUUGAAAUACAGUCGCG